ACGACUGUCGGCGAGCGGAGGUGUGGUGCUUCCAGCUACAACGGCAGCCUGUGGAUGCUGGCAAGAGUGACCAGCAAAUUGAGGGCGAGAUACGACGCGAGCUCGACGACGGGGCGCUGCGGCCAUCUCCACCAGGGUUGCCAUGGCCGGUAAGCACGGUCGCCCAAGGAUGCGGCGGCGAGCAUGGGUUGCCGGUGAACACGAUGCCGAGAACGAGCCUGGGGCGGCCAAUGAUGCGUAGGCAAGAGCAUGUUGCCGGCGAGCAUGAGGCCGUGGACGAGCGCGGGCGGCCCAAGGAUGCUUCGGUGAGAGCGGGUUGCCGGCAAGCAUGAGGCCGAGGAUGAGCGCAGGCGGCGCAAGUGGAAGGCGAGCACGGUGCUGGAAAAAGCUGCACGAGACGGUGAAAUACAGGGACCUGCGCGAGGGCGAGAUGCGUCAGGAGGAAAAUAAUGUCCGGAAGAAUCGUUUCCUUUUUCUAUAUAUCCAACGGCCAGGGCUAGUGGCAUCUGGCGGCUAGGGUGCGACCGGCCGAAACUUUCGGCCGGCGCACCGGUGCCCAGUAUUGCCCAUAUACGAAGGUCUAUAUUGAAGUACCCCAAUAUCCCAAACCCUGACAAAAUCUCUAGAACUCAAAUACAAGACCCCGUUGGGAAGUUUUGUUUCGAAGUCAAAAGCCUACACGACUCUGUAACAUCACCACGCACGCGGCCGCAACUUCGGCCAACCUCGCCUCCUCUCCUCCCCUCCCCCUGUUCCUCGAUGAGGCUACAGCCUCUGCCGUCGAGGAGGCGACGUUGGCCUGGCCCUCCGGCUAUGGGGGUACGGACCAAGCGUGGUCGUAUUCCUCCGGAGGGGACGAUCACAAGUAUAGCUUUACAAAUUGGGGAACCACGGGCUGAUGCUGCUGCUGUUGGAGACGCCCUCGGGCUUUGCAAUUCUAUCUUUCGACGGGGCCCAGCUCUAUCUACCAGGCGCCAAGGAGAAUAUCUGGUCGAACUUCGGAGCGGAAUAUAUGGCACGAUAUAUUAUUUGGCUCAAACAAUUCAAAAAGUUCAAGGACAAGUCUAGCGCCAUUAGGUUCGAUACUGGUGUUUGCAGAAGGCUGUCUAAGUUCAUCAAGAGGUGGCGCCGUCCUGGGCAGAUGUUAGUUGUUGGGAAACCUGAGUAUAAAACAAUCAUCGAAGCGAGCAUGGGCAUACCUUGCGUUUUCGAUGAAACUGUGAUGGAGGUGAUGUGGGGCGUGAAGCAUAUCAUGCAUAGUCUGGUGCCUAUGGAAAAAUCUGAGCUGACUAAGGAGGAGCGCCUCCCCAUGAGUCAAGGACUAAUAAAGUUCCUGAAUCGUAAAGGCUUUGAUGUCAAACCAGAGAUGGUCAAUGAGCGCAUUGUUCUGUCAGCAUGUGCCUUGUAUGAUUGCGAUGAAAUCGAGAAGAAACAUGAUCGGUCCUUGAGACGUGCCGGUGAGCAACUUAAGGAUGUGUCUGGCAUCAACACCCAGGGCUGGAGCUUACUGGAACUUUCAACAGCUCUGAUGCUUAUAUGUUUCUCUGAAGAAGAAAUUCUAGUUGGUGAUCCGGAAGAGUUAUUUACAGCUGAGGAGCUGUGUAAGUUACUGGAUGAUGCACACGAAUACGACGACAAGAUCUCAAAGUACCCAUGCCGAAGAAUCUACGAAGAACUAGUGUGUGCCUUUGAAGCUAGAGCAGCGAAUAGAAUACUUUUGACCUCCUUGGUUAAGGAGGCAAGUGCGCGUUUCUCUCCGGUACCCGAAGCUUGCAAAGUACAACCAUGGCAUAUAGCUAAGAAUAGCAUCAAUUCAUUCGAUCACCCGCGGAGAAAAUUGGUAAUGCCGGCCCCUGCUAUUGAGCAAGUUUAUAGAACAAAGAAGACCGUGCAGCCCUCCAGAUGGGUGCGGAUGCUUUCCAACGUGAAGCUCCUGCCUCACAUGCUCACGGUUUUCAUGAAGCGGGAACUCGGGUCCUGCAGAUUGCUGCGGGAGAUCAUGACGAAGGUACAUCGCUGGAGGAAGAUGAAGCUCUUGACAUGCAGGAAUAUUGAGUAGACUGUUGGUGGUACAGCUUUCUAAUACUCCUACAUGCAUGUUAUAUCUUCGUGCUGCUGUAAAGAUGCCCUCCUACUCGAUCGUGUCAGUUUGUCAUGCUUUUUGCCGCUUGUCCGGACUUACGUACCGGUGUUGCUGGUGCCCUCACCUUUCUGUCCCUGAGUUGUUAAACCUGUUAUAAAAAAAUGAGCAUUAUUUCUGGACA